CUGAUUGAAUUGCGUUUGCUCACCUGGUGAAUACGACGAGGGUCAGGAGGGAUGUUCAUUCUGACAGGAUUUUCAGAGCCUGGGAUUCAUAGCUGGACAUGAAAUGUGGAGUUUCCUGCGUCGAGCUCAUGACAUAAGUACCUACAUUCCUCACCUCACUUAUCCUUCAAACAAAACAUCUUGUUCAUCUAUUAUUCCCCAUAUCCCUCACCCUGAAGGAAUCCAAAAAUGACAACCUCAUCACCCUACCUCAUCUUCGGCGUCGGCUACUGGAACAACGAGCCCUCCUCCCUCCAAAAACAGCAAGAACUUCUAUCCAUAUGUCGAAAAUACGGAAUCAAAGCAUUCGACACUGCUCGUCACUACGGUCAUGGAGAAUCUGAAAAGUUCCUCGGUAACGAAGGCCUCGCUUCUUCUGGCGAGUUUGAGAUAAUCACCAAAGCAGCAAUGGGGUUGACACCUGAGGGUGCGACGAAAGAGGGAAUUAUAAAGGGGUGGGUGGAGAGCAGCGAGGCGUUGAAGACUGAGAAGGUAGCAACCUACCUCCUCCACGUCCCCAACCCCUCAACCCCCAUCUCUUCCACAAUGGACGGAAUCCAAGCCCUCUACCUGGCUGGGCAUUUCGACGAGUUCGGCAUCUCAAACUUCACCCCCGCCCAAGUCCUCGAACUCCACACCUACGCUACCUCUCACUCUUACAUCCUCCCCACCGUCUACCAAUCAAUCUACAGCCUCUGCUCGCGCCUCAACGAAGUCCACCUCUUUCCUCUCCUCCGCCGUCUCAACAUAAAAAUCCAAGCCUACUCCUGUCUCGGCUCCGGUUUCCUGGUCAAAACACCCGCUCAAAUCCGCUCUAAUUCCGGGGCGUUUGAUCCUUCCACCGUCUUGGGGAAGAUUCUGCACGAGAUAUAUGGCAAGCCGAAUUUUUUGCAGUUUUUGGAGGAGUAUAGAGCGUUGUGCGAGGAGAUGGGGGAGCGGCCCGCGGGGGUGGCGUAUCGGUGGGUGGUGUGGAAUAGUGGGUUGGACGUUGAGAGGGGGGAUCAGGUUGUGGUUGGGGCCAGCGGGGCGAGGCAGUUGGAGGAGACGAUUUUGGAGAUUCGGAAGGGGAAGUUGGAGGGGUGGGUUUGUGAGCGGUUGGAUGCGAUGUGGAAGAAAGUUGAGGCGGAGGCGCCGGGGGAUAAUUUCACGACUUUCAAGAAGCUUAUGGACGCUGGGUUGUUGUAGAUAUGUGGUAUGAGAGCGAAAUUCGUUGAGGAAAUAGGAAUAUCAAAUUGUCUGAGGUUGACUAGAUUACUGAGUAUUGAUCAAUAUCCGACUUCAGGCUGCUACUGAAAGUGAAUGUCCCACUUGGUUCUGUUACUUUUAGGAG